CAAUUUAAAGCUGACCCAAAGCAGCUUGCUUAUUUAUAUGGUCUCUCUACUAGACUGGGUUUAAGGCCCACGUCUUCUCAGGCCAUGAUCCGAUUUGAUAACAGAAGAAUUAACCAAGUCGAUCCUAAUCAGUAAUCAGAACUGAAAGAAGCAGAAAUGCUGCUUUUGCUGAAAUCAAGAAAGCUUGGCUUUGUUUCAGGUAUUUCCCAGCAGAAUUUUCUUAGAACUCUUCGCACCAAAUCCAGUAAUCCUUAUGAAGAUGAGGAUAGGAAGAGGGCGACGGAAAAUCAAGGGGAGUAUUUGCAUCUACACAAGAGCAAGGGACAACACCUCCUCACCAACACGCGAAUUCUCGACUCCAUUGUCCGAAGAUCUAACGUGAGACCCGCAGACACUGUCCUAGAGAUCGGACCCGGCACCGGAAAUCUCACCCUUAAGCUUCUCGAAGUGGCCAAAAGGGUUGUCGCGAUUGAAUUGGAUAGAAGAAUGGUGGAUAUUCUGCAAAAACGUGUUGCUGAGCAUGGGCUGCAAGAUAGGUUGGAUGUUAUAUGUAAAGAUGCAAUGAAGACCGAGUUUCCUCAGUUUGAUCUUGUUGUAGCUAACAUUCCCUAUGGGAUAUCGUCACCUUUGGUGGCUAAAUUGGUUUAUGGAGAGAAUCCCUUCAGGAGUGCAACGCUGCUACUUCAGAAGGAGUUUGCACGUCGGUUAUUGGCUAAGCCCGGGGACUCUGAGUUCAACAGAUUAGCUGUUAAUGUAAAGCUGGUGGCUGAUGUGGAGUUCGUAAUGGACGUGAGCAAGAGGGAGUUUCUUCCCUGCCCAAAAGUGGAUUCCUCUGUAGUCAUUAUCCGGCCGAAAGCUGAAAACCCAAAUGUCAAUCUUGAUGAGUGGUGGGCUUUCACCAGAACGUGCUUCAGCAAGAAGAACAAGACGCUAGGGGCUACAUUUAAGCAGAAGAAGAAAGUGAUGGAGCUUUUGAAAUUGGCUACAACUAGGGGCUAUGGAAAUGAAAGUAUUGCCAUUACCAAGACCUAUAAACGUGACAAUGAUGGUGAUGCUGAAGGAGAAGGUGGGAGUGAGGGAGAAGACUCCAACAUAUCUUGUUGCUCUGACUUGGAGAUGAAUUCUUUCAAGGAGAAGAUGGUAGAUGUUCUAAGAUCAGGGGGGUUUGAAAACAAGAGGCCUUCUAAACUUUCCAUUGAGGAGUUGUCGCAUCUACUCUCCCUAUUUAAUCGAUCUGGAAUUUAUUUUCAUGACCAUUUAGAUCAUGAACCAUCUACUGAGUUAUUUUUUGAAUAAAUUCCAUGAAUUUUUAUUUAUUU